UUGUUCCGUUUAUGAGCAGUAGCUAGAGGGCGCCCUUCCAUGACUCACGAAUCACCAAAAAAAUGGCGGAACCAUCGUCGGUUGAAAGAUGGAUCGACAUCGCACAACAGUGCAAAUAUCUACCAGAAAACGACUUAAAGAAACUGUGCGACUACGUGUGUGAUCUUCUCCUGGAGGAAUCCAACGUUCAACCUGUAUCGACUCCAGUGACAGUAUGCGGAGAUAUACAUGGACAGUUUUAUGAUUUGGAGGAGUUGUUCAGAACAGGGGGCCAGAUUCCCGACACUAACUACGUGUUCAUGGGUGACUUUGUCGACCGUGGUUACUACAGCUUGGAGACAUUCACUAGGUUACUGACCCUCAAAGCAAAAUGGCCGGAUCGCAUCACACUUCUCCGUGGCAACCACGAGAGCAGGCAGAUCACCCAGGUCUAUGGAUUUUAUGAUGAGUGUCAGACUAAAUAUGGCAAUGCGAAUGCCUGGCGAUAUUGCACCAAGGUCUUUGAUCUCCUGACAGUAGCUGCUAUAAUUGACGAGCAGAUCCUGUGCGUUCAUGGAGGUCUCUCUCCAGACGUCAAGACAGUCGACCAGAUCAGAACCAUCGAGAGAGCUCAAGAAAUCCCCCACAAAGGAGCCUUCUGUGAUCUGGUUUGGUCCGAUCCUGAAGAUGUAGACACUUGGGCCAUCAGCCCAAGGGGAGCUGGCUGGUUGUUUGGUGCUAAAGUCGUCAAUGAGUUUGUUCACAUCAACAACCUGAAGCUGAUCUGCCGAGCCCACCAGCUCGUCCACGAGGGCUACAAGUACAUGUUUGACGAGAAGCUGGUGACUGUGUGGUCGGCGCCCAACUACUGCUACCGAUGCGGCAACAUCGCGUCCAUCCUCGCCUUCCGCGACACAUCAACCAAGGAGGCUAAACUCUUCAGGGCCGUGCCAGACGCCGAGAGAAUUAUCCCCACGCGCACCACCACACCGUAUUUCCUCUGAUGGGAAUGUUUGGACAAUAUUUUAAUGGAAGUUGUGAGCAGGGACAGGACAAGGAAAAUUCAGCUUUCGGUUGUGUCUUUGCUGAUGGAAAAGUGUCAAGACUUGGAAUCUUCCUGCUCCAUUGGGAAUUCUCCUGAUGAACAUGGGAACCGUGUUUUCCUGAUGCAAAGUAGCACUGUUCUUAGAGACACUUUCCAAUGGUUCCAAUUUCGAGACACUUAUUUAUAUUUGGUCCUUUUUUCUCAUUCCUAAGACUUGGUUGUAUACUUUUCUGGAAUUGUGGAUAUGCAUGACUUGUGUUUUCAGUUGAGUAUCUGCAUUGACAUGAGAUCAUUGCAUCAGGCAACAAACUUUAUUUGUCCCGUUACUGAAAUUUUGCAAUACUGUAUUUUUUGUUUUCAUGUGCGUUUAAAUGAGUUAGCACAACAUAGGAUGCACGAGAACACUAGAACGUGCCACAUACAUGUUUUGACAGUUUAUGUUUGAAAAUGUCAAGGCAUAGUUUUUCUCGAAAUGAUGCAACGAUGUCAUUUAAGUUCAAGACAAUAUGCAGAUGACACAUUUUGGGUUCGGAAACCAGGGUUUGAAGGAAUCAACCAUAGCCUGGGUAGCCAUACGUUAAUUAAAAUAUCAAGUUACCUUGUGAUUUAAAUUAAUAGAAGUAUUUUAAUUUAGGCCAUCAACCUAGUAUGAGCAGAAUGCUUGGAGUUGCAUGGUGAAGUUGAAAAUUUGCAUGUUUUUUUGUUUUAAAUUCAAGCCACCCUGAAAAGGUUUAAAACCAAACUUUUCACAAACUUUAAACAGGAUCAAAAGGAUAAUUUUGGCAAUUCCCUGGCGCAGUUCGGUAUCCAAAAACAAAAACUGAAAGACUGACCCUGCAAGUGGUGUGAUACCCCUUGUGUGUAUAUCUGUGUAACAUUGUAAUAUUCGGUUUAAGUAAUGUUUAGGUGUAGCAUGUGUACAGAUGUUGUUUUUACCGUUUCUGUUUUGAAGUAAGAAUCCAUUUAAUUUUUGACCAAAGGUCUUACUAUCGCUGUUAGUUUUAAAACUUACCCAAGCUAAGGCUUGUGAAAAGAAAUUCCAUUUGUAAACAGUAAUUAAUUGCUGUACCCAUUAAAAGGAAGCGUAAUAAUACAGAUAUCUAACGAGAA